UCCACUGACCAACACUUCCAAACCCCUCGUGCUGCUUGAAUCAGACGGCCAUCUCAAUAACUGACCUGCGUACUGGACCCGACUCUCAGUCACAUGGAACACAUGUGUAAAAUGAUUCUAGUUCUGUCAACACUGACUGUCACGAUCCUAAGCAUGAAGGCAGCCUCUGUCGCUCCAGGCUCGGACGUGGACCUCAAGCCAAGAUUGAAGACCAUUCCAGCCAAGCAAAGGACUCGCUUCUGUUACCCCCUCAAAUCCGGAGAUGAAGUGAUUCCCACCAGCAUUCCUCCAGACAUCCGCUGCCUGGAGAUAAAGCAUACGCAGAUCAGAGUGAUACCUCGUGGAGCCGUAACCAGCCUGAAGCUUCUCCAGAGACUCGACAUCACUGAAAACAUCAGACUGGAGACCAUUGAAGCAUUCGCAUUUUCUGAUCUUCCUGAACUCGUGUCCAUAACCAUCAAGAACUGCAAGCACCUUAGGCACAUUGAUCGUAAUGCAUUCAGGAACUUGGUGAAACUGAGCCAUCUAAACAUUGCCAACACCGGACUCAGAGUCUUCCCAGAUUUCUCCAAGAUCCAGUCUGAAGCUUAUGACUUUCUACUUGACAUUGAGGAGAACAGUCACAUCCACAGAGUUCCAGCCAACGCCUUCAAAGGCCUCUGUCAUCAAACGAUCGAUAUGAUACGGCUCACCAGAAAUGGCAUCAUGGGGGUGGACAGCAACGCCUUCAGCGGUGUAAAUAUGUACCAAGUGUCAUUCAAAGGAAACAAGCAGCUGACUCACAUCAGUCCAAACGCCUUUUCAGGUUCCACUCAGUUAGUUUUUCUUGACAUUUCCCACACGGCGCUCACAUCCCUGCCACACCCCAUCCUCAAAGGGCUGAAGACUCUGGUGGCUCAGUCCGCCCGGAACCUGAAGAAGCUUCCUCUUCCUCAUCUCUUCACCAAACUGCAGCAGGCACAGCUCACCUACUCCUCUCACUGCUGUGCCUUCCAAUCUUUCCAGAACAUCUUGAGGAACAGAUCCAACUCCAGCAUCCAAUGCUCUGAUCCCCUGGUUCAAGAGAUCCAUGACCUGUAUGCCGACCACUGCUCCAACACCACCUCCAUCAUCUGCAGCCCGGUACCAGAUGCCUUCAACCCCUGCGAGGACAUCAUGUCUGCCGUCCCGCUGCGUGUUCUUAUCUGGAUUGUCUCUGUGCUCACGCUGCUCGGGAACACAGCGGUUCUCCUGGUCCUGCUAGGAAGUCGCUCCAAACUCACCGUCCCCCAUUUCCUCAUGUGCCACUUGGCCUUUGCAGACCUCUGCAUGGGCAUCUACCUAGUGUUCAUCGCAACUGUGGACAUUGUGACUCGUGGCCACUAUUACAACCACGCUAUAGACUGGCAGGAUGGUCUGAGCUGCAGUGUCGCUGGAUUCUUCUCGGUGUUUGCCAGUGAACUCUCAGUGUUCACGUUGACAGCGAUCACUCUGGAGCGCUGGCACACCAUCACUCACGCACUCCGACUGGACAGGAAGCUCCGAAUAAGACAUGCCUGCAUCGGUAUGACAGCCGGUUGGAUCUUCUCCACUGUGGCUGCUCUGCUCCCUUUGGUGGGAGUCAGCAGCUAUGGGAAGGUUAGUAUCUGCCUUCCCAUGGAUGUAGAGUUCCUGGUGUCUCAAGCCUACGUUGUGAGUGUACUCCUCCUCAACAUCCUGGCCUUCAUCGUCGUGUGCGCCUGCUACCUCAGCAUCUACUACACCAUCCGAAACCCCUCCUAUGCCCCGGCUCACGGCGACACUCGCGUGGCCAAGCGCAUGGCAGUGCUCAUCUUCACAGACUUCAUCUGCAUGGCCCCCAUCUCCUUCUUCUCCGUGUCGGCGGCGCUCAAGCUCCCUCUCAUCACCGUCUCGGACGCCAAGCUCCUUCUGGUCCUCUUCUACCCCAUCAACUCCUGCUGCAACCCGUUUCUCUACGCUUUCUUCACGCGCACCUUCAGGAGGGAUUUCUUCCAACUGACGGCUCGUUUUGGUCUGUUCAAGACCAGGGCGCAGAUUUACAGAACAGAGAGCUCAUCCUGCCAGCAGCCAACAUGGACUUCCCCAAAAAGCAGUCAUGUGAUGCUCUACUCUUUAGCCAGCACCUUUAGUCAUGAUGGAAGGCGGGAAAGCUGACGGCCCAUCAGAAUUUUGAUUUGAAAUCAAAUGUUCCUCUGCUUCUAUUACUGAGUAGUUUACAGAGCUUCUGAAAUGCAGAACCUACUUCUUAGUAAUCAUUUGCGCUCAUGAAAUCUAUAAUGUUCAAAAGCUCACGUAGCGAUCGUCUCCUUUACUGGUGGAGUACGUGCAGAGAAGAGCAAGAAGAUGGGCUGGAAGCAGGGAAUGAGUCACGAUCUCCUCGUCUCUCUGUGUGAAUUUAAUUUGCGCAUGCUUAAGUCUGUUCGGUCUGUUUUCAAUA